AGUUAACAAUCGAGAGAGAAAAAAUGGCCAGUGAGGGCACAGCUACAUGCAUAGACAUCCUCCUUGCCAUCAUCUUGCCUCCUCUUGGAGUCUUCCUCAAGUAUGGCUGCAAGGUGGAGUUCUGGAUCUGUUUGGUGCUGACCAUUUUCGGUUAUAUACCCGGAAUUAUCUAUGCUGUUUAUGCUAUCACCAAGUGAUCGCCUUUUAGCUUUUGUGAACAAAUGAGCAAAUGUCAUGGGCGUUUCUGUCUUUCAACUUGAUAUUAGUGCUUCUUUGAUACAUCGUUGUCAUUGUUAUCAUUUUUAAAUGUUCUGCUUUUGAAAUCCUUUGUCUUAGCUUUCAGGAGGGUGGAGUGUGUAGUUUGUAGUCUCUAGAUUGGAUAAUCCAUUUGAAAUACACAAUUUGAUUU